AAUGCCGUUCUGUGGAUAUGAAAAUGUGCUUACCAAAAAUUAUAAACAACUGCAACAGAUAACUUUUUUUAUGCAAGUGCAAAGGACAAGGAAAAUUUGUACAAGGAAAACUUGUGUUUAUUUUAUAGGCAGUAAGCAAGAGCUGUAAAAAUAUAAAGCAAGUUUGAAGUUUGUAUUGCAUUUGAAUUUUGAACUACUGUAAUUCUUCUUUUGCAAAUAAUCAACAUUCCUAGUCUAUAAAAUAAUAUUAGAAAUCAUGUCGAAUCCUCCACCAUAUUCAGACUCAGUGCCACUCACUCCAUAUCAGCCAGCAAAUGGAAAUACAGCAGCUGUCAUACAGAGUCAGCCUAAAAAUAUUCCUAACGUUGCGUUUAGUCAGCCAAAUAAGACUAAUGAACAAACGACAUUUCAUCAGAAUUUUCAUGUCAUGGCGUCUGGUGACCAAGCCCAAGGGCAUGUGCAGUAUCCACCGGGAUAUACUCCGCAACAAGUGAUAUCAACUCAGCCACAGAUGGGACCUGGAGGCCAAGCACCAGAUGGUUGGAUGAAUAUACCUAUAGGUGUUCCAGCGAACUGUCCACCAGGCUUGGAAUAUCUUGCUAGUAUCGAUCAGCUUCUUGUUAACCAGCAAGUUGAAAUGGUUGAAGUGCUGAUCGGGUUUGAGACUGCCAAUAAAUACCUGAUCAAAAAUAGUGUUGGUCAACAAGUGUACUACGCAGCUGAAGACUCGGACUGCUGCGCCAGAAACUGUUGCGGCCCGCUGCGACCUUUCGAGAUGAAGAUCCUCGACAACUUUGGCAGAGAAGUCAUCCAUCUCAGUCGUCCCAUGAACUGUCAAGGCUGCUGUUGUCCCUGCUGUUUACAGAGUCUCGAGGUGUAUGCCCCACCUGGUAAUCUGGUUGGAAGGAUCGACGAAGAGUGGAGCUUCUUGCAGCCAUUGUUCUCGGUCAAAAAUGCCGCCGGUGAUACUGUUCUGAAGAUAGAAGGACCAAUUUGUACGAUGCAAUUAUGUUCAGACAGAAUAUUCAAGGUGUUAUCUGCUGAUGGAUCCAACGUGGUUGGCAAGAUCUCGAAACAGUGGGGUGGUCUGCUGAGGGAGAUGUUCACAGACGCUGAUUGUUUCGGAAUUACUUUCCCCAUGGACCUCGAUGUCAACUUGAAAGCUGUUAUGAUGGGAGCGCUGUUUUUGAUUGACUAUAUGUUCUUUGAAAGGAACAAUUGAUUUUGAUUUCGUCCUUCAUGUAUGAUUCUUGAAGAAUGGAAUUGACACAUGUUGACCAUCCAAUACGUUACAGAAGAGCUAUAAAAUUGACGUAUGGUAUUCCAAAUAUAUUUUCCUUCAAGGAAAUCAUUAUUUUUGUUAGUUUUUAUGCAUUGUACAAGCUCUUAGUUUAUAUUGAAUAUUGAUGUUACUCCGACUACUGAUGACUUAGUUCUCGGAAUUAGUUUUUGAUAAGAAAAGGCUGUGUAUUGAAAUUAAUUACAUGUUCACAGACUUGGCUGAUGGAAUAUUAUUAAUAUAUUCUCCAGUAGUUGUAAUAUUUAGCGUUUUUGCAGCCUUGAACUGAGUCGUCUUGAAGGGUGGGGGUGGGUUUUGAAUGAAUUGUGAUGUCUGACCUUGUCCUUUUUUUAGAGAAAUAAUGACUUUAGUUUUUAAGUGCUAAUUUGAAACUAAUUUUCAUAAGAUAAUUAAUUAACUCUUUGUCUCAUAAAUUGAAUCUCCACAAGUUGCCCAUCUAUUUUUUCAAAAAUACUACCAACCCAUAACAUAACAGAUUAUCAGAUCUUUCAUAGCCCUUUUAUUCGAAAAAAUAUAUAAUAUUACAUUAUACGUAUAUACACACAUUGUACGUAUAUUCUUGAUAUAAAUUUAAGUGAAAAAACAUUCAGUUUAAUUAUGUCAAAAGUGAACUGUAACUAGUAGAAUGUGUAUUAUGUAUGUGUUAAUAUAUGCGUUAUAUACUCAUUACAUUUUUCAAUAACAUUGAGAUUAUUGAUAUACUACUGAACUCUCUUUAUUUGAAAUAUAUUACAUGAUAAUAUCAUAUCUUUUAAUUUUCCAGAAGGGUUUAGCUGAUAGAACUUUUCAAUUUGCUAGUAAAAAACAUUCACUUUUAAACCUUCAAAAUGACAAUGAUAAAUAAGUCGCAGAAAUUAUAAUUAUUCCGACAUAACAUUCAGCAUUUAUGUUUCUGCUUGGAGCUACUUAGCGACUCUCGUCAAACUCUGAAGUCGAGCAGAGAAGAAUUGAAAAAUUGAUGCAUGUAGGAAUGCAGCAAGGAAUCCAACCCAUCAAGUGAUUCCUUUUCGUAUUGUGAACCAAGAGACAGUAACUAGAAGAAAGACUCGAACGAGAAGUGUAGUUGCGGACACCAGCAGAGGGAGAACAUAUUCCACCACAGCCGUAUUUGCAUUUGGAAGUUGAAGCCUCCAACAGAGGCAGGAGAGCUUCUUUACCAUCGCUGCUAGAUCUAGCAUCUGCAAUUGUAGUACUUGAUGUAGCAGCAGAAGCGACAGCAGAUUGUGAAGAAAUUCUCUCCUGUCUCGGUUGGUCGUUCCAACUGCCAAAUUCAGCUGCUGAUACGAUUGUAGUGCAAGAUGUUAUUUCACUGCUGUUUUCCUCUCUUCUUCUCGUUAGGUCUUUCUUCUAGCAGGGGAGAAUUAAAAGAUUGAUGCAUGUAGAAAUGCAUUUGUCUCUGGAAUGUCGUUUGGGUAACAUGUAUGAGGUGGAUCCCUUGAUGGUUUGGACCACUUGCUGUAUGUUGGAAGUUUGCUGUUGGAAGCACAUUCAAUCUUCCAUUUCUCUCUGCUCAUUUUCUGAGUCCGAAGGAAGUGUUCGAUCAGCAGUGGAAGAAGUCUCUUAGGAGCUUGUACUCAUUUUUGUACUUCCAGCGUAUACGAAAGAGUGUCUAUGAGCCGUAGUGGGCUUUAAUGAAUCAUAAUGAGAAUGGAUUGGUAGUUGUUCGAUUGGUUGGUGGUUGGAUGAGAUUAUUUUUAAGCAGGAACCAUCUCUAUUAAAGGAACAAUUUUAUCUUAUCUUUUUAGUGUAAUUCUGUAUUCAUAGUAAAUUAUACACAGAAAAUAUUUUGUGUUUAUGGUUUUUUCACAAGUGUCUUGUUAUAAUAAUAACAAUUUCCAUAAGAAUCAAUUAAUAUUUUGUAAGAAUCGUGAGCUCGUGGUUUAUAUGGUGUUGUCUGUCUUGUCUUGAGAUAUGUCUUCAUAGAAAAUGUAUUUCUCAUUCAAUUAAUUAUGCUUUCAAGUUUUAAGAUUGAGAUCUAACAUAUUUUCUGAAGAAAUUGAAAAAUUUUUCAAGACAUCCAAUUUAUCAAGUGAAGUUUCAGAAUACUGUUAUACCCGUUUAAUUGUGGUAGAUAGUUGAGUGUUCAACAUUAAUGAUUGUGUUAAAAUAAAAUAGCAAAACUUAAUUGGUAUGUUUCUCAAGAAAUAUGAUUUUGUAAGUGUAUUUAAUUCGUAAUCGAAACAUUAAUGUUAUGAAUAUUCAUUGUUAUUUUUUUGAUUGUGAAUUCGUUGAUGUAUAAGAAAAAACAAGUUUUUCUGAAUGUAUUGUAUCUUCAUUGCUUUGAGUUGUAAACUUUCUGCUGAAGCAAAGUUAUACUUCACUCGAAUCAUGAAAUUUGAUUGAUAAAUCCGUUUUACUUGCUAUGUGAGGAUACUUGGCACUUGCACUCUCACUUGAAGCUAUUUGCUGGUGCCGGUAACACAAAUUGUGAGAAACUAAAUGACUGUAUGGGGUGAUUUCCAUCAAACAAAAAAAGUCUUCUGAAUUCAUGUGAAGUCAAACUCACAUAUGCUACCGUAUUGUAUUCGGAUAUCUAGUUUUUCCAUUAAAGAAAUUAACGCUACUAAGAGAUGGUGGCAUCUCAUCUGUGUGACUAUUUGUAAUCCUUUGUUCAGGCAACAAAAGUUAACUAAAGGCUCUUGAAGAGGCCACUUACUAGUACAUUUAUCCAUCUGUCAUAUAAAAUCAGCUCUCACAAUAAAUAGUUGAUUAUACUAUUGAAUUCUCAAUUUGGUUACGAUUGCUAAACUCUUCAAAAGUUAUUCAUGUUUUCUAAGCAAUUAUAAUACACAUGAUAUACUUUUUCAAGAAGAACAAUAUUCAUAAUAUUCAAGUGCUAGUUGUACAUUCCAAUGAACAUGGUGCUAUAGCAAAUAAUUUUGUUUGUUUCCAAAUGAUAAUAAUAUUUAUGUUAGCUUAAUACAAUCUUAUGCUUAUUUUGUAUAUCACAUUGUCAUCAUCUAGCAAAACUCCUUGUUCAUAACUUUCUUUAAUUUUUAUUUCUCAAGAGACUGACAAUAGAAUAGAAUUCAAAUGCCUACCAUAAUAACUGUAAAAUAUUUUUGAUAGAAUCAGUUUUGAAAAUUCUUUAUUACUUGUAAUGUUCUAUGUCGUGAGACGUCAAUGUCUUAUUCUUUCAGUUCUAAAGUAGUAUUUUAUAUUUUCGUAAAAGUAUUUCUGUACAGCAAGAUAACAAUGUCAAUUACAAAUUGCAUUCUUCUCCGAGAUGGAGACUUCAUAUUGUCAGUCACUAAAUUAGUCUCUUCUCUUACACAAAUUAGUUAUUGCACAAAGUCUUGAUAGACACGUAAUGAGUUCAAAUUUAAAUGCUUACUGAAUGAGUGAGCUUUUUUAGCUAUCUUCAAUCACCUUUUUGAUACCUUUUUUAUACAGUUUACUAUGCAUUAAUAUUGAUUUUGACAUUGUCUAUGUGGUUGAAAAUAUUGUUUGAUUGUUCAUUGUAGUUUUAUAUCUUGAUUUUGAUACUUGUUUUGCUAUUUCACUAUAUUAUUGUUCAGUAUGAAAAUAAAUCAUGAAUCGAA